CGAGAGCCGUCGUGGAGCUGGAGAGCAACGCCGCUAGAGACGCCCCCUUGUCACAUGCGCUCCACCGCCGGCCUGGGGCAGUUGGACAACUCGCCGGGUGCUAAGAAACAAAGAUAAGAAAAGAGGAUGACCACGCGCAGCUCGAGUGCUGCAUCGUUGGUCCUGGAGGCAGGCUUGGGAGAUGUCUGUUCCGUGGUUAUAUAUAUUGAGGUCCCAGAUCCGCCCUCGAGCACGCCCGACCGUGAGCUAGAUUUCGCACCUCUCCGCCCGACACCCCCCCAAGGCACCUCGAACCUUUGGAAGCCAGUGUCUUCCCGCCCUGUCCCUGGAGUGUACCGCUUAAAUACGGUGCUUUCACUCCUCGCCCUGCUCGCCACCCUCCAACGGCGUCAAGCUCCGCCAACUAGACAGGUAAAAAAGCUAUUUCGCGAAAGAAAAAUCUCUUUGGCCAGCUGUGUACCCAGUCCAAGGGCGAAUCACACCCUCCCAGGCUCCACAAAUGGCCCAAGACAUCCCUUCAGAUACCAUCGAGAUCUCGCACUCUAGAAGCAACGAAAACACGGCCAGCAACGAUGGCGAAACCUCUGAGCACAGGGAGAGCUCUGCUCCCCGAAAGGUUACGUGGAAAAAAUUCUUAGGAGUUGAAAAGGACGGCCCUGAUUUGGAGGCCGUUCUAGACGACGACAACAACUAUGGACCCCGGGAUAGGUGGACUAUGGGGAUCCUUAGCGACAAGCAGACGGAAGAAGUUCCCGGAACCAUUCUCUUGCUUACAUCCAGUCGGAACGAACCGCUCGGCCUCAGACAACAGCCUGCCAGAGUGUCUGCCUCGUCCCUCCCCUCGCCUUAUCCCCCUUCUCGAUCUUCUUCUCGAAAUCCGGCCCCCCAGCAGAAACGCACUCCGGACGGCAAGAUUGUGCUGGAUCCCCAACCGGAGGAGUCGUUAAACGACCCUCUGAACUGGCCACAGUGGCGUCGAGACCUCGCUCUGCUCUCUCUUGGUUUCUACUGCAUGAUAGGGGGUGGAAUGACGCCCAUCCUGGCCGCUGCGUUCAACGACGUUUCGGAAGAGUAUAAUGUUUCGUUCCAAAAGGUCGCACUGACCACCGGGCUCUACAUGCUUGGGCUGGGCAUCGGCUCGGUGGUGAUGUCGCCCACAGCUAUUCUUUUUGGCAAACGGCCGGUGUACAUCGCCGGAGCUACGAUGUUCAUCAUUUCUGCCGUGUGGUGUGCUCUUUCUCCAACCUACGUAAGCUUGGUUAUUGCUAGAAUCUUCCAGGGCAUCGCUGUGAGCCCUGUGGAGUGUCUGCCUUCUGCUACUAUCGCGGAAAUUUUCUUCCUGCAUGAGCGGGCGUAUCGGGUCGGCAUCUAUACUCUUUUGUUGUUAGGAGGUAAGAAUUUGAUUCCACUUGUCAGUGCGGCGAUCACAGAAGGGCUAGGAUGGCGUUGGAUAUUCUGGGUCGUUGCGAUUACUAUUGCAUUUGGCCUUGUAUUAGUAUUCUUUUUCGUGCCAGAAACAUUCUGGGACAGGACUCCUCGGCCGCGGACCAAGCGUCCAAAGGCACGCAGAAGCGUAUCUGAUAUCGUGGCUCACUCGUUCCGGGGUCGAUCACCGGAACCGGUCACCCCUACUGAAAUCCGGCAAAAAGCAAGAGAUGCAUCUACGCAGAAGAAACAGAAAGACCUCCGUGUCGAUUUUGCUGAUGAUGUCAAGUCGGACAUGAGACGAAGCGGCGAGCAUCCGCGGGAUUCUGACAAUCAAGUGUUGGAUGAGAAACAUGUUGAGGGUGAACCAGCGGGCGAUACGGUUGCUGAAGGGUAUUUCUCCGUUCCACCAGCGUCAGCUCUAACUCCACCUAGCACCGAAGAAGAUUCGACAACGCGGAAGGACGUCUUGGACCUCGAGUCAGCCCGUUCACAGCCUGUUUCUCGAGAUAUCUCCGUCGAUGCUAGCGCGGAUCCGCUUCAUGCAUCCCUGCAGCAGAUCUAUACUAGUAACCUUCGUUCCAAACCACCUGUCAGUUUCUCUCAGUCACUGAAACCCUGGAAUGGCCGUAUCGCCCGCGACAAUUGGUUCCGCGUCAUGACCCGUCCGUUUAUCCUCUUCGCAUACCCCGCCGUCUUAUGGUCGUCAAUGGUCUACGCUCUUUCUGUAGGCUGGCUGAUCGUCCUCUCCGAGGCCGUAGCAGAAAUCUAUCGCAACAAAGAAUCAUACAAUUUCUCAGCCCUCGCCACCGGUCUGGUAUACAUCUCUCCAUUUGUCGGCGGAAUCCUCGGGACUGUUGUUGCGGGCAAAGUUUCGGACAUUAUCGUCCGCUGGAUGGCCCGUCGUAACGGCGGAAUAUACGAGCCGGAAUUCCGUCUCGUGAUGUCCGCUCCCAUCGCGAUAUGUACGGCGAUGGGACUCAUGGGCUUCGGGUGGAGCGCCCAGGAGAAAGAAAAAUGGAUUGUUCCCACUGUGUUCUUCGGCAUCCUAUCGUUUGGCUGCACGCUUGGAAGUACGACCAGCAUCACGUUCUGCGUAGAUAGCUACCGACAGUACGCCGGCGAAGCGCUGGUCACCUUGAACUUCAGCAAAAACGUACUUCACGGCUUCGUCUUCUCUCUAUUCUUUGUAGACUGGUUGCAUUCGGACGGCGCAAAGACGGUGUUUGUAGCCCUGGGUGGCAUUCAUUUGGCUUGUAUGUUGUUUUCGAUCCCGAUGUAUAUAUACGGGAAGAGGGCCCGCAUGUGGACGGUUAGAAAGAGGUUGAUGGAGAAGUUUUGA